UCACUCAAAAGUUUUGAGUUAAAACAAUAAAGCCCUUUUGUUUGUAUCGAAAAAGUAAAUCUAUGUGUACUAUAUAUGUAUCAGAAAGAUCAUUUUUAUUAUUGUUAAAUCGCUUUGAAUUCAGUCACUAUAUAUGUAACUAUCGUGAAAUACCUUAAUGCAACAGGUGCGGCCCUUCGUGUUAUUAACAGAGUAAUAACAGAUCAGCUGACUGUUGCUUUUGCAACUGUUAUCGAUAGGCAAAUGUAAUAAAUAACCGGCAAAAGAAAAUUGUAAAUAAAUUUUCGUAAAGGAAGAAAGAGUUUUUAUUAAGCUAAGCUAUGGAAGCCUCGUCUUCAGAACACCACAAACGUCUGGAAUAUUGCACAACAAGAUUACCGUACCGUCAGGGUAGGGAAUUAAAAGCCGUAAAGGUUUACACAGUUGCCAGUGAAUCCCGGCAUUUACUGAUCUUUGGUGUUCCCAAAAUAAAUCUCCAAACCAAUCUUAAAACUAAACUACAAGGGUUUGGCAAGCUGCUAUCCUGCAUUUGUAUAACUUCAGAGAUGGCCACAAAAAUGGAGCUAGAGGCCUUUACGGAUGUAUUUGCCGUAAAAUUUGAACGUUUAGAAGUGGCUAGAAGAGCCAAAAAGAUGCUUGAUGCCCGCCAAUUCUACGGCGGUAUACUACAUAUCUCCUAUGCUCCGGAGAGGGAAUCGCUCGAUGAACUACGGGAGAAACUCCUGCAACGCAAACAAGAAGUAAUCCUUCGCAUCCAGCGGAACCAAAAGGACGAACCUCAAGUGCAAAAAAGAAACCGUGAAGCAAGAUGAUUACAGG